AUGAAACCUGUUUCUAUACCAAGAAUCGAAGAUAUGUGUAGAAGGUUUGCAUCCAAUUUUUUAUCUAAAAAUUUAACAAAUUUGCUAUAUGAUUUGUCACAUGCAAAAGACUGGAAAGAGAGUAAAGAUAAGCUUGAAGAAGUCAUGUUAAAAAUUUUGGAAACCUUAAGAUCUGUUUGGUAUAAUCCAGCUUUUCGUUCUGAAUUCAUUGGUAUAAUGAAUAAAG